AGACACAUCACAUGGGCCGAUAUAAUUGAUCUGACAAGUCACAUGCAAUUUGUUGAACAAUUAAAUUGUAUGUGACCCGAUCGAGUGAAAGUGUAAUCCGGACUCCGAAGCUCAAAAGUAAGUACGUGUGGGACGCUGCAAGUUCACCUUGACGACUCCGAAGUGACCACUCUACCGCCGCCCUCACCUGCGGUCGCUGGUACAUACCAACAGGUGUCCUUUUUGCGCUGAACCAGAAACACCUUGGAAUUUGAUGGGAAAAGACUGGGACAAAUCUCACAAUAUUUAUUGUCUGUUGGAUGCACACUAUACAGAUAAUACUCCGUUCAAAGUUAUAGCAAAAUUCUUGAGAGAGAGUAAGAUUCAUAAGGCGCUAACCGAUAAAACCGAAGUGUAUGAAUCACAUGUUAGAAGAUUUUGGAGUUCGGUAAGGUAUGAGGAGAAGGAAAAGAUGAUCUAUUCAACUGUUAGAAAGAAGGACGAGAAUGAUCAGGACAUAGAUGUUGAAAUUAAGUUCAAUGUGGGUGAUUUAAGAAGAGUUUUGGAGUUAGAUGAUUCUGAUAGUGAUCCCAUCAUUAUUCCUGAACGUUUGUGCAAGGGUUUGUGGUGCAGAAUGGGAUUUUCAGGAAACUUGAACGGAAAAAUGCUUAAGACAGUGUUCAGUAAGCCUUAUAAGUUCAUGAUCCACUGCGUAGUGCAUGCUUUAGCUCAUAGGAAGGGAGCUUACGAUGAAACUUCUGAUUAUAUCAUGAACAUAAUCACAUGUCUGGUGCUGAACAGGCCAUAUAAUGUAUCGCAAGUGAUCUUUGACCACUUGGUAGACAAUGUAAAAGCUGGAAGUGGAAAGUACAUCAUGUAUCCAAGAUUUAUCCAGAUGAUAAUAGACGAUUUAGUAAAAGACAUUCCAAAGGAUGCUCAUGAUAUUCUAGGUCUUCGAAACAUGACAGCGGAUACUAUAAGCAGAUUAUCCAAAGGACCUGAUCAGAGGGCAAGGAGAAUGAUUUGCAGGAUUGAUAAUCCAGCGUAUGUUGCUCCAGAAAAUGACGCAUGGAGACAUGAGAACAGUAACUCUGAGAGUGAAGAUAAUAAGAUGAAUGAAAUGAUUGAAAAGAAGCUUCGUUAUUGGUUUGUGAAGGACGGCAAGAGAAAGAGAACUCCGAAGACAUCCCCUGCUGAGGAAUCAACACCGAAGAUUGUUGUUAAGGGGCCUUCAAAAGAAUCACAACAAAGGUUAGUUGAUGAACCAGUGUUGGAACUAUCAGAAGUUCUUCAACAAGGAGCUGAUUUAUUGAAACAUUCACUUGAAAGUUUUCUAAAGAAGAAUGAGGAAGUUUCUACUCAGAAAGAUCAAAGCACAAGUGUUCAAGCUGAAAGUGUCAAAGAGACAGAUUCUGAAGGUGUUGCUCGUGAUGAUUCAAGUGAUGCUGACGCUGAAUCAGCGGAGACUGAGACAGAAAUUGAUAUGGCAACACUUGGUCGUGGAAAGGUUCAAAUGAAAAAGAAGCCUCAAAAGAAGAAGAAAGGAUCUGACGAUGAAGAUUCUACUUACACUCCAUUAGUUGAAGAGAAAAAGAAGCUCUGUCCGGCUAAAAGUUUGGAUUUUCAUAACAAGCACAACAUAUGUUGUACUUUAGAUAAAACAUUGCGAAAUAUGAGUUCUUUCGUGGAGAUUUUAAAGUUUAUCGAAGAUAGUAGAAUACACAAGGCAUUGACUGAUCAACAUAAGUGUUAUGAGUCACAUGUGAGGGCAUUCUGGAACUCGGCACACUACGUGGAAGAUGACAAAGCAAUACAUUCUACCGUGAAAAUGAAAGAUGACAACAAUAAAGAUAUCGAUGUUGCUGUUAAGAUAACUGUUGAAGAUAUUCGAAGAGUGUUGGAUCUGAAAGACAAAGAUGAAGAUCCGAUAUACAUUCCAGAAAGAUUGUGCAAGGGUUUAUGGUUCAGAAUGGGCUAUACAGGAUCUGUAAAUGAUCAAGCAUACGUAAAGUCAAAGUUGUCAAAGCCUUACAAGUUUCUUGUUCACUCAGUGAUACACGCGUUGGGCCACAGGAAGGGUGGAUAUGAUGAAUCUGCAGACUACAUCAUGAACAUCAUCACAUGCUUGAUACUGAACAGGCCUUACAAUAUUUCUCAGAUGAUUUUCAAUCAUAUGUUGGGUAACAUGAAUGGUGAAAGAUUCUUGCAAUAUCCAAGGUUUGUGCAGAUGCUGUUAGACGAUCAGAUUCCUAACUUACCGAAGAUAGAUGAUGAUGAGUUGGUGCUAGAGCAUAUGGACAAUGAAACCUUGAAGAGGUUAGAUGUUUACGAAGGGAUUGAAAAGGGUAAAGAGCCUAAGUUCAGAAAGAAGUUUGCUGCAAUUGAGAAAUCAGAUUAUCAAGCUCCAGCAGAUGACAAAUGGAGGCAUGAUGAUAGUGAUUCUGGAUCAGAAACAGAAAAGAUGAAGCUGUUUGAACCUAAGAAGACUAGGUGGUGGGUAAUGAAAGAUGAUAAGAAGAAUCCAACACCGAAAGCUGCACCAAAGAAAUCACCACCACAUUUGAUUGAUGAUGUUCCUCCUGAGAAUGUUAAUGUUGCAGGUGAUUACGUUGAAAUUUCAGUUGAUGAAUUUGCAAAUAUUGCAGCUACUCAGGAAGCUAGAGAUGCAGCAGCAAAGGCUGGUGGUAAAAACAUUGAAGCUAUGAAAGAACCGCUUGUUGAAGGUGAGGUGCAUACAGAUUCGAGCGAAACAGAAGGCGAAAUAGAUGUUGCACCAACAACAUAUGUCAGUGGCAAAAUCAAAAUGAAAGGUCCUUCGGAAGCUGAAAAGAUUACCAAAGGCAAAGAAGGAAAGAUGAAACGGAAAGCUCAACCUACGGGUGAAGUUCUGACAAGGAAGAAAGUCAGGAAGACUAUGAAAGACACAUCUGGUAUUCCUGAAGUUGAAAACGUUGAAAUUGAGGUUCCUGUGCAAAGUGAAUUCGGAAUGGGUUACAUUCCGUUCUUUAAGUUAGCAAAGAAGGUUGCUGAGUUAGAAAAGGCAAAGGCAGAAUCAGAUGCAGAGCUUAAAGAAACGAAAGAGAAGAUUAAGCAAGUGGAGGCAGAGAAUGUGGUUCUAAAGAAUGAAAUGUUAGCUAUGAAUGAUCAGAUAGAAGACGUUAAAGCUGGGAACAAUGCAUUGAAUGAAAUGAUCGAUGAGCUGUUGACUACAAAUUGUGAGCUGAAUGAUGCUAAUACGGCGAUCAGUCAUGCAAAUGAGAUCAUGCAGAAAGAGAUAGAAGAUUUGAAAGCAGACAAGGAGAACAAGUCUAAGCAAAUAGAGAUGUUAUAUGCUGUUAUUGAAGAUCGACUUGGUAUUAAUGUUCAUGCAGCUUAUGAUGAUAUUGAAAUCCGAAGAGCUGAAGAAGCUACAAAGAAGGAUAAAGGAAAAGGUAUAGCAGUGGAAGAAGCUUCUGAAGAAGUUCUUGAAUCUUCUAGCCAGAGAGAGCAACAACCAGAUGUUGUUGAAGUUAAUGAUGAAAAUCCUCUAGUCCUCGCACAGCAAUUCGUCCUUGUAGGUAAAGCAAAGAGUGAAUCUUAUUAUAGCAGAGAAGACAAUGCAAGGAGAAUUGAAGUUGAAAGACGUCGACUAAAAGCUAAGGAAGCAAACAAAGCCAGUACAGUGUUAAUGAGACUGAUGCAACUGCAGCACUGAAAGCAAGUAUGCUCAUGUCUCUUAAUGUUAUAAAAUAAGGUGUAGAUUGUUCUUAAGAUUUUAUUUUCUACAACUGUUCUUAUUUCGUGUUGUGUUAUUAGAGGUGGUUAGUCAAUGGGUCAAAACAGGUCCAGGUUGAAAUGAGUUGUUUUUAGUAUGAGUGGAGGUAGGUUUGACCCACUAAUUAUAAACAGUUGUGUUGUUUUAUGUCAUAACUUAAACUGAUUUGAUCUUUUAUGCUGCAAUUAGAAAGACAAAGAGAGAAAUGAGUAUCAAGUUUUAUAGUUUAAACUUAA